AACCAGCUGAUCACAGGCAUUCGCAAACAAACUGUCAUCGAGAGCAGACGAUAUUGAAGAAGCUCUCCUUGUAUGUGUAAAGGAAACUUUACAAAUCUCUCGGAUUCCUACGAUAUUAAUUUACUAGUCUAUCUUACUUUGGAUUUUUACUCUUACUGAUUGAUCAGUCAACAUGAGGACUGUAUCGGAAUUGCUGAGGAACGACCCGAAAUCCGGGUACCCUCUCGCCACGGCCAAUGCAUUGCAGUCUGCUCUGCUGGCAAGCAACGGGACCCUGAUCGCCGGUACUGCCCUGUCCGGCGGCAUGGGUGUUUGGUCUGAGGCCGUCGUUGGUCAGCGAGUACUGGACAACGGUGGUGGUCUGCGAGGUCGCAAGGAGGCUCGGAUCAGGAGGCCAAUGAAUGCUUUCAUGGUUUGGGCAAAGGAUGAGAGGAAGAGGUUGGCUGACCAGAACCCCGAUCUACACAACGCGGACCUGAGCAAACUUCUUGGUAAGGCAUGGCGCAGUCUCACUCUUAUGCAGAAGCAGCCAUUUGUUGAGGAGGCUGAACGACUCCGCUUGAAGCACAUGGCCGAUCAUCCAGACUAUAAGUACCGCCCUCGCCGCCGCAAGGGAAAGAAGCGUCAGAGUCGCAGCCGUGACGGAAGCAGCGGAGAUGCUUCAAGCUCAUCCACACCUUCUACACCCUCACCAACAACUCCUCAGACCAACGGACUCCCUUCAAGCGCAAUGCCGACACCAGAAGGAUCACCUAGGACCUCACCUACCCCAAUGGAUAACCUCAAUGGCAACAUGCCCGGCGGGCUGAUAGACAACUGCAAGUACAAGCUACCCUCUUUCCAGAGCAUCUACGACCCCCUCUCAAGUAACACCCUUACGCAGUACAAUAAAUCAGACUCUGGCCACAUGGUGGGUCUUCCAACCCCAGAGAUGUCACCCAUCGAUCAUUCGGAUAAUGUCUUUACCUUCCCACCCUCUUCAUCUUCAGAUACCCUCAUGCAGCCCAACCUUUCUGGGGUGCAGGCAACGUCAAAUGUCUUUGCACCAAUCCACAGUCCUGGCAUGGUCAUCAAGUCUGAACCAGGGGUAUACGAGUUCCAGCAGCAGUGUGUGGUAGAUAACGCUGAACUGACAAACCAAAUGAAUGUAACAGCUACCAUGUCUGCUAGCUCCAAUCUCAGGGCACUCGUUGCGAUGUCUCAGAAUCCAUGUCCUCAGCAACAGAACAUCGUCGCAACUCAGCAGCAACACCAUCAACACGAUCAACAUCAACACAUGCAACAGCAGAUGCAGACACACAUUUUCCAGCAGCAGCAGCAACAGCAGCAACAACUCCAGACGGUCGAGCUGCAACAACAAGGGUUCAACAACGCACAGAACAACGCGCAGUACCAGGCAACGCUUCAGAUGAACACCUACCCUUCUCAGGCAAUGUGUGACGUCAUGCAACCUGAUGACCUGACAUGCAUGACCUUUGAUCAGCUGUGCAAUGAGGACUUUCUUGAUUUUGCGAGGGAAGACUUCGACAUGUACCUGCCCCAAGAGACCAACCAGCCCUGUGACAGUAACGGUAGCUUUCUAGCUGCACUUACAGACGCCUCAAACAUGUCAAAUGCACAGUCGUGCUUGUAUUGAACCAAACCGACUUCCAAGUGACUCUCGGCGGCAACUUGCUUUCCUUGACCACUGUCAGGUGCAAGUAACAGUAUCAGAAUUGAUUGACAGUACGUUAAGCGAAUCUUCAAGAAUAUGUUUCGCAACCUGAUGCAAGUGCGAUUCGGUUCGAGUGUGUUCUUCGGCUGUUCUGAAGGAAGUACGACAAGAGAAUCAAAACCAAAGCUGUUAGAACGAUGAAGGUCGUGUAAUGGAGAUGAUGAUUCGCAUCGGAUAUGGAUUGAUGUAUUUUUGUUUGAAUGGAGACCAUGUACUCUUUAUGAUGAGUUCUGUACCUGUGAAUCUCCUGCAGAUGGUUUGCAAUAUUAUCCAUUCUGCAAAUUUGGAGUACAAAGUGGCAAUUCGCAUACUUAAGAGAAGAACGUCUUUGAGUUGAAAGAUUAUUGUGUGUGUUGAAAGAAAUUUAUUGAUCAAAGACUUUGGAGACUGCUUAUAUUCUUCGGUAGAGACAUGAUUUUAUAGACUAUGAAAUGUAUGUUAGUGUCAGAAGAGGCCGGCCAAUCUGGCGUGGGAAACGCGUGCCUCCGAGUCUGAGUUUGAGGCUCCUCUUUUCAAGAUACGAGACCUAUGGGGUUACAAAUGCCAUUAAAAAGUGUGUGAUUUAUUAUUUUCUUUUUCCAUAUUUAAAGAAAGGGCAUUACUCCAUGGCUCAGUAAAGGCUGAUUUCAAGUCUAGUAGCUGCAUUCUACUCUUGGUUUGAAUUCAAAGAUUGUUCGGUACGAAUACCUUCAUGAUCUUGAUCUCAUUUUGUCAUGCAAAUCUUACAUUUUCAAGGAUUCUUAUUUUAUUCGUUGAUUGUGUCUGUGAAAUGCAGAUUUCAUCUAUGACUGCAUUACAAAGCUAUUGUCUUACUUACCAUGGUGUUUUGUAAGAUUUAUAUACAAAGUGGAAGUGAUGUAGCUUUGGGUAAUUUAAUAUUUUUAUUUAAGAUGUUUCAUGAUGUUCCAUAUCGAUAUUUAAAACAGUUUCAUGUGAAUACAGUGUCCACGAAUAACUGAACACGUACAUAUCUAGAUUUUGUUAAUUAUGUUAUAUUAGAUGUCUAGCAAGCAUUGCAAUAGAUAUUCACUUAAUAACUAUUUUGCUAAGUUACGUGGUGGACCAUAGGUAGGACAAGCUUCUACCCUCUCCACUCAACUUAUCCGCUAGAACAAAUCCUAUUUCACAUUCUUUGUCAAGUAUUUUUUUUGCUGUUGUUAUACUCAAUUUUUAAAUAUUUGUUUGCGUCGUCGUAAGAAUAUUGACAAUGUGGUCAUUAUUCAAUAGAAAUCAAUAUUGUACUACUAUUUCUUAUUUCCCCCUCAUAUUCAAACUGGAAGCAUCAAUUGCAUGAUGUUCCCCGAAACUUUGCCAUGUAGUCGUGUUUCUGUCAGCAACAAGUUGAUUUUGCAAUUUCCAUGUGUGUUUUUGAGCAUUGCACACCGUUUCUCGGAUCACUUCAAGUCCAUUCUGGAGUGAAAGUGAAACCAGUGGUCUACCUUAUUGAUAUUUGAAGCAUUACCCCCACCUGGUCUUUUGUUAUGUUACUUUCCUGAGGUCCAAUACAUACCUCAAAGUGUCAUCCGUAAAAUGGCCCAUGUUCCUCAUUACUGGAUCAGACAGUUUAUUGAUAUUGUUCUCGUAAUCUCAUGGCAUUGUUUGACACUUUUGAAAUCGAUGGAAACCUUUUUUAAAAAAGACUUCAUAUUUGUUGUCAUUGUGUGGAACAUUUUACCUGUCAUUUAAAACAGCAGUUACCAUGGUUACUAUCAAAAAUAGAAUUACCCCGUUAUCGGAGUCCGAUUCCCGAUUUCGGAAAACCACCAACCGUACUUCCUUUUCAUGCUCCAUGAAAACAAAUUACACAACUGUUCAAGAAGUCCUUCAAAAUUUAACAAAAUUGUGUAAUGCCAUCAUUCAAAUGCAUGCACCAUUGAACUGAAUUGUUCGGCCGAGUCUAUGACAGAUAAUGUUAUAAAUGAUACCACAUUUUUAAUGAUUUCGCAAGCAUACAAUUUGGGUUAUUGGUUUUACUAUGCAGAUAAAAUGAUUCUUGUACAGUUAUGUUUAUGAAUAUCAUUGUGUAUUUCUUAUGCGAAACAAAAAUAAUUUUAUCGCUUCCAGUUGAAGAAAAAAUGGCGACGGCCGCGAAGCCCGGAAAGUGUGUGAGAUUUUAUCAUACUUUUAACGUUUGAAAGUAUUUGCAUAUAUUCGGUGAAUGGUGACCAAUUCUUUAAGAAAUGUGAGUUGAAUUGCAAAGAGCAAAACUCUGUUUUGGGAGCACCGCUCUACUCUAGUGAGGUAAAGAGCAACCAUUGAACGGAGGAGGAUUGAACGAUGAUUUUGAAGGGAACUUGAACGACAAUAUUGAUGAGUGAAUGUGACCUCUCAAAGCUACGCAAACCAUCUACUCUGUAAUGGGAGCGUCUAGGUCUUAGUUUUCGUAUAUUUUGUAUUAAUUAACUUAUUCCAUUUUGAUUGUUCAUGUUGUUUUAUUAAGAUCUGUAAAAAAAUUAAGCUAUACUUAACAAUUAUUUGUAAUCAAGUGGAUCGCUAUGGGGUUUCUAUCCUACAACUAACAGCCUGAUGAUAACAAAGGAAACAACUAAUAAGUUAACACCUUACAAACUUCAGUUAUAUAUCUCAUUGUUGAACUGAGUGUCUAAUUAUGGUCUAUAAUAUCUGCGAAUGACAUCUCUUUGCGCAGACGAUGCUCGGUCAUCAAUUGGUUUCAUUUGAAAAAAUUAACGUACGCUACGGAAGGAAUUGUAAUCAGAACUUGUACAUCCACUUUUAUGUUUGUUUAAAAAUUCACUACGCAACCAUUGGUCAUGUUGGUGGAAAAGGGUACACAUCUAUAUUUUGACACCCAUCUCUUCUAUUUAUGUUCUAUGUAUUGUCACAUUGGAUCAAGUCUAAUAUUUGGGGUCUCUUCGUUGUUCUGUCUUUACACCUUUUCCAUUAACAAAAUGAAACUUAUCAUGGAAAUGAGGUUGUGCGGGCCAUGAUUCUCAAUUAUUAUAAAAACACACGAAGUUCUUAUUAUGAAUUGUAAAACAUAAGAAAUAAUGAAUAUGUUACCAAGAAGACUGAUGUACAUUUUGUAAUAGCAAAUAGAUUAUGCAAGAAAAAUCAACUUUUCUUAGCUCAUGAACUUCUCAUUUUUCACGACCUAUUGAUUAAAGAAAAUAGUCCUUUUCAGUGAUUAUUACAAACACUAA